AUGGAUUCCGAGACUAAGCACCUCCUAUCUUUGCGGGCAAUUCGUGAGAGGGCCAAGAUUGUUUGGGCGGCAGCACAAGCUGGAGACCUCAGUCAUUUUGACCUUCACGAGGACCGCCUUGAAGAUGUCGCAAAAUUUGUGCUGUCAGUAAUUGAGCGUGAUUUUGGCCCUGAUAAAUUCGAUACUAUCCCACCUCACGGCCGCUGGCAACACUUCGAAGUUGGAGGAGUUCCUCGAGUCGCUAACUUGAUCGAAAGCUGGAAAAGUCAGGGUGUAAGCGAUGAGGUUGAGGUUACUCGUCGGUUGAUCGAUCUCUUUUUCGUUUCUGUGCUUUUAGACGCAGGUGCAGGCGAUGUUUGGCGCUAUGUUGAACCAGGCACCGAGAACAAAUAUGAGCGUAGCGAAGGCAUUGCUGUAGCCAGUUUAUAUAUGUUCAAUGAAUUUGCCUUUACCACAGGGAAAAUUCCAGCAGUAAAUGGCCAAGGUCUCGUCAACCUUAGUGCGGACGCACUAGCCGCAGGGUUCCAAUCAUCGGGGAGCAACGAGAUGCUCGGGGUAGAGUCUCGCGCCGCUCUUUUACAGAGUCUUGGAACGUCUUUACUCGACCAUCCCAAGGUGUUUGGAGAAGAAGGUAGACCAGGAAAUGUCGUUGAUUAUAUGUUGAAACAUGCUGGGGCAUCGGACGACCUCGAUGUUCUCGUCCUAUGGGACGCACUUCAAGAUGUCUUAAUUCCUAGCUGGCCUAAGGAUAGAACAACAGUUAAUGGAGUGCCCGUCGGAGAUGCAUGGCCAUUGAGCACAUUGCAAAAAAAGGCAACGACGACAACGGCCGGAAUCCAGCCCUUCCACAAAUUGACUCAAUGGCUCACCUAUUCAUUGAUGGUUCCGUUCCAAAGGCUGUUAAAAAAGCGGUGGGCGAAUUCAGAUGCAUUGACCGCACUUGCUGAAUAUCGAAAUGGUGGUUUAUUUGUCGACCUUGGAGCUAUAACAUUGAAACCGGAGGCUUUGGAAAAAGGGCUCAAGGCAUCUGGUCAGGAGUUGCCUCUGUUCGACGCUAGUGACGAUGUUAUUGUGGAAUGGCGCGCGCUGACGCUUGGACUCCUCGAUGCUGUUUAUGAGAAGAUUGUGGCAAGUAUUGAGGAAAGGUACAAGGUGCACUUGAGUAUGGCCCAAGUCCUCGAGGCGGGGACUUGGAAGUCUGGCAGAGAAAUAGCUGCACAAAAGAGACCUACUACGAAGUCCAGCCCGAUCCUCAUGCGAAGCGACGGGACUUUGUUCUGA